CUUUUCGCCAAGGAAAACCUCGUCCGAGUUCACUCGACUACUCUCGCUUUCGAAGCGUUCACUUACCUUCGUCAUUUUUCAACCGAAGCCUAUUUCGAGAAAGCUUUCAGAAUGCAAAUCUUCGUAAAGACACUCACCGGAAAGACCAUCACCCUCGAGGUCGAGGCCAGCGACACCAUCGAGAACGUGAAGGCCAAGAUCCAAGACAAGGAAGGCAUUCCCCCAGACCAGCAGCGUCUCAUCUUCGCCGGGAAACAACUCGAGGACGGCCGCACGCUGAGCGACUACAACAUCCAAAAGGAAUCCACGCUUCACCUGGUGCUCCGUCUGCGUGGUGGUAUGCAAAUCUUCGUGAAGACGCUUACCGGAAAGACCAUCACCCUCGAGGUAGAGGCCAGCGACACCAUCGAGAACGUGAAGGCCAAGAUCCAGGACAAGGAAGGCAUCCCCCCAGACCAGCAGCGUCUCAUCUUCGCUGGGAAACAACUCGAGGACGGCCGCACGCUGAGCGACUACAACAUCCAAAAGGAGAGCACCCUUCACCUGGUGCUCCGUCUGCGUGGUGGCUUCUAAGUACACCGGGAAAGAAACUGAUCGAACUUGGGACAACUGUAGCUUAGUUUUUGCUGUUGUAUUGUUCCCAAAUUAUGCCAUGCACGUAUGUAUAGCUACUUUGAACACAUUAUUCAUCAACCUCAGACGAACUUAUUACUGGUUAACGUUACUUGGCGUACCAAAGGUCGUUCUUUAGCUCGACAAUGACUUCUUUACCCACCAACGACUUGAAGAACGAGUAAAAUAGCUGAGAGGGAGAAGAGGGGGAAGCGUUUCAUACCAGUAUUCUUUCUAAAACGAGCCGCAGAAAACGUGAACAGCUCACCAGGAGGGCGAGAAACGGCCGUGGAAGACGUCCGUUUCUAAAUAAUGCCCAGCAGCAGGUGCACGUGAGCUACAAUUUGCUGUGUUGUAUCUUUUCUAGCGGGAGUCUGCAGACGAAGUGGUUGAGAUCCGAACUGAAGGUAUGGAGCUGGACUUUAGAGUGCCAACCCAGCACCAGGUGCAGAGAGACUGGAGUCCCUACUCCAUGAACGGAGGCACCGUCCUGGCUCUGGCAGGAGAGGAUUUUGCAGUCAUAGCCUCAGACACCCGCCUCAGUGAGGGCUUCCAGAUCUACAGCAGAGACUACCCCAAGACCUACCAACUGUCUGACAAUAUGGUAUUGGGGUGCUGUGGCUUCCACGGUGAUGUGCUGACUGUAACCAAAAACAUAAAAUCCCGAAUAAAGGAUUAUGAGCACCUUCACCGCAAGAAGAUGAGUUGUGCAGCAGUGGCCCAGAGGCUUUCAGUCAUGCUCUACUCUCGAAGAUUCUUCCCCUACUAUGCCUUCAAUAUACUGGCUGGACUGGACAAUGAAGGGAGAGGUUGUGUAUACAGUUUUGAUGUGGUUGGAUCUUACGACAGAGAGACAUACAGAGCUGGUGGUUCGGCGUCCUCCAUGCUUCAGCCACUUCUGGACAAUCAGGCAAGAAGACAGAACACCCUCCGAGGGUCACAUUUAGGGAAAAUUCGAAGGAAGACGGGUAGAAUCUAUUAGGAUGUAGAGGGGCACACCAUGUGUUUCCAUAUGG